AAGAGCAUUGAAGCACACGCUAGCUGGAGCUGAGAUCCCACCAAAGUUAAGUUACAUUACGUUACAUGUCGGCGAGGGGGCGGAGUGAAAAGUAAAUAAAGUUAACAAGUUUAAAGAUCUGAAAGGAAUAACAGAUCUUUCUGCUUGUUUCUGAUUUGAUUUUACAAUGAGUUGGAGAUAUAGAGCUGGUUUGUUCUUGAUAGCUGCUGUUGUUAUUAUAUGGGUCACCUCUGCAGAAGUCACCCAGGGUAUCUUUACCGACUACAAGCAGCCAUUUGCAGUGACAUAUCUAGGAGCUUCUCUCAUGGUAGUUUACCUCCCAAUAGCAUUCAUUAAAGAUUGGUUAUGUAAUUUUCUAAAGCGUCGCUCAUCUAAAAGUGGUAAAGAUGCAGAAAGUCUGAAUGGGUCUUCUGCUGCACUUGAUUCUCCUUUAGGACACAAAAUUUUUGAAAUGGAGCUUCAAGGAACAUACACUAGAAAAGACAGUGAAGUGGAUUUAUCAUCUCAUGAGGAGGGAUUGCCAUUGGUUUCGAAACUCAAAGAUGACUCACAUAAAGAGCUUACAACCAAGGAGGUUGCAAAGUUUGGAUUUUAUAUUGCCCCUAUCUGGUUUUUAACAGAGUAUUUAUCAAAUGCUGCCCUUGCGCGUACAAGUGUUGCGAGUACAACAGUGUUAUCAUCAACUUCUGGACUUUUUACACUUUUCAUUGGUGCUUUCCUGGGGGAAGAUAAAUUAAAUGUGUCAAAAGUAGUUGCAGUCUUUGUCAGCAUGGCUGGUGUUGCCAUGACUACUCUUGGAAAAACUUGGGCUGCUGAUGAGUCACAAUUAAGUGCUGCUGCCAAUGGGAAACGCUCUUUGGUUGGAGAUCUUUUUGGCCUUCUCUCGGCCGUGUCAUAUGGACUAUUCACAGUGCUGCUUAAAAAGUUUUGUGGUGAGGAAGGAGAAAGAGUUGAUGUACAAAAGUUGUUUGGAUAUAUAGGAUUGUUCACACUUGUAGCUCUAUGGUGGCUGGUUUGGCCAUUGUCAGCCUUGGGCAUCGAGCCCAAGUUUACGAUUCCUCAUUCAGCUAAAAUGGAUGAAGUUGUUAUUGCCAAUGGCAUUGUUGGUAGUGUCCUUUCAGAUUACUUUUGGGCAUUAUGUGUUGUAUGGACCACUCCGCUAGUGGCCACAUUGGGGAUGUCACUCACCAUUCCACUCGCUAUGGUGGCAGACAUGGUCAUUCAUGGCCGUCACUACUCAGCAAUAUACAUUCUUGGCUCAGCUCAGGUUUUUGCAGGAUUUGUAAUAGCAAAUCUUUCAGAUUGGUUUUCAAAGAAGCUGGGACUAUAGCAUUGCGUAAAACUGGCAAAUCCAAAUUCUUUACUGGGGCAUUCUCCCUUCCAUUUUGUAUCUGAUUUAACAUUAUACUCUUCCUCCUCAGUAUGAGUUCUUGGCUUUCAAAAGUAGAGGAUGAAGUUACUUCUGUAAUUUGUGAACUAAAAUUGAUUCUGUAAAUGAAAUUUUUGUUGUCUUGCCAUAAAUGUAGACAAUCCCUUUUGGUAGAAAAAAAGAAAAAGAAAAAUCAUUUGUUUUUUAA